GGUAAAAUGGACACCAAUCAAAAUAUCAACAUCAAAAACCGAAUUCCAAUAAUUGUAGCUUUGUCAAUGUUUUUGAAAAAGAAUAAUGAAAGUGAUAGCUCCGAAUCGAACGACAGUGAAAAUGAAGAUGAAGAUAUAUCUCUAAAUGAUAUACAGACAUUGUUUUCUAUAUUAAUGUCAGAUAAAUGUGCAGAACAAAUUGUAAUUGAAAAAAUUACGGAUUACGUCGAUCGCGUGAUUCCUAAUUACACUAAUGUUAUAUUCAAAGAACAUUUUAGAAUGUACCCGGCUACAUUUGAAAUGAUUUUAUCAUUAAUUGGGCCAGCAUUAAAAGUCACAAAUACCACAACUGGUAGAAAAUCAAUUUCAGCAGAGAAGCAACUAUAUAUUGCUCUAUGGUUUAUGGCUACUCCUGAUUCAUAUAGAUAUGUAAAAUCCAACAAUGUUCUAUACUCGUAUAACUAUUAUUACAUUUAUAACACUUUUUACUAAGCAUUGAAUGCUAUAUCGUUAAGUCUAUUCUGUAAUUCUUAACGACAGUUCAGCAUCGAUAUAUUGUUAUUGCGCUUUUUUGUUAUAUAUGUUAUAUGUGCGUAACGACAAUAUAAUGAUAUCGACACUGUCGUUAAGAAUUACAGAACAAUUUAAUUGACACCAUCUCUUGUAGUUAAUGCCGAAUUUUUGUAUCAAAAUAAAACACAUUGUCGUUAUGUAAUGUGGCAUCAAUAUGGUUAAUAAAAGACGUUUAGAUUAUUUUGUGACGAGCUUUUCAUUAUUUACUUUUCUGAACUGUUACAGAUCUAUUUGUGUCAAAUUUGGAGUUGGUAGAGCAAUUGCUUUUAGGGCUGUAAGACGUGUUACUUACGC